AUGGGGUGGAAUAUUAUCUUGCGUCAACGACCCAUGUCUAUGACAUGUAUCCAAUAUCGAACUUUAUUUGGAAUUAACCCACCGACGCCUUCAUUUCCCUUUGCAUCUAAAAAUAAGACACAACACUAUGCCGAACAACGUUUAUUAGGUUAUACAUCCGAUGAGAUGUAUGCUGUAGUUGUUGACGUGGCUCGAUACCGAGAAUUUGUUCCAUGGUGUAUUCGAUCGGAAAUACUUAAACCGACACAACCGAAAUUAUUUAAAGCACGUAUGGAAAUUGGUUUUCAAGUACUUAAAGAGCAGUAUACUGCUGUUGUUACUCAUGAAAAACCAGGAUUAGUCAAAUCGGUUUGCACUGAUGGUGCUUUAUUCAAUUAUUUAAUAACAGAAUGGCGAUUUUUACCCGGUACUGAAAAACAACCUCGAUCAUGUGUUCUGGACUUUUAUGUAUCCUUUGAAUUUCGUUCAUUGCUGCAUGCCAAAGUAGCAACCAUGUUUUUCGACGAAGUUGUCCGUCAAAUGGUAUCUGCUUUUCUCAAACGUGCCGAAAAACUUUAUGGACCAGCGUCAAUACCAUCGAAACGCAUGCGAUGA